AUGAUAGCCCCGCCCAGCAGCCUGGCUCUGAUGGAGCCCCGACCCAGGAAGAAGCGUCUGAUGGCCCCUGCACUAAGUCUGACACUGGAUCGCAGUGACUCGGCGGUGUCCGACGACUAUGCCACAGCUGCCCUCAUUCCCUCCCCCGAUGACGACGACCUGGGACUGGACAUCGACUUGGAUGCCAUGGAAACGCCCUCGGACAGCGAGUCCCUCCACUUUCCAGUGCACGACAUGGAUUUGGAGGAUGACCUGCUUCAUCUGGGAGUGGCAUCACGUUGCCAUGAGGCCUUUGGGUCAGUACCAGAGCAGAUGGGAGUGGGUUCUCUUGACCAAGACCAGGUGGACAGCCAGGGCACUAGGUGGCGCAGGUUCUGCAUGGGAGACCCUCCUCAGGAGAGUCUGGUCAACAUGAGUGUACUGGAGCCUUACCUUCGAGUCUUGUCCCAUGGGGGUUACUAUGGAGAUGGGUCUAAUGACAUCAUUGUGUUCUCUUCCUGCUAUCUCCCUGAAAACACCAUGGAGAACUACCAGCAUGUCAUGGACAACCUAUUCAGGUACAUUGUGGGAACGUUGGACCUGAUGGUGGCGGAGAACUACGUCAUUGUGUACCUGUGUGCCAUGGCCCAGCGCAACAAGCUCCCCGGCAUUGGCUGGCUCAGAGAGUGUUACACCACCAUUGACAGAAGGUUGAGGAAGAAUCUGAAAGCUCUAUACAUUGUCCACCCGACCUGGUACAUCAAGGCCCUGAUCACCAUCAUCAAGCCCUUCGUCAGCUCCAAAUUCAGUCGCAAGCUUCAGUUUAUCGACAGAUUUCAGGAGCUGUCCCAGCACAUCCCUAUUGAGCGUGUGCAGAUCCCCGACUGCGUCAGACAGUUUGACGAGAACAUGGACAGGUGACACGCUCAUAAUGGGGAUCUGGAACACAGUGUAAGGUUAGGUACAUGAAGCCAAACAAGUGGACCGAAAAAGACUAAAAUCUGGCAACCCAUGACUUUGAUACUGAGGAUGAACCUGGCUGCCCAAUCUGAUAUCUGUUUACCAAUGAGAUAACUUUAGUCCUACAUCACUUGGCAGAGUAUCUACUGAAGGACCACAAGUAGAUGCACUGAGUGUACAAAAACUUUAUGAACACCUGCUCUUUCCAUGACAUUCUGUCCACUGACCAGGUGAAAGC